UUAGUUCAGCUUCUAAGAGCCUCUGAGUAGUUUGCUGGUGGCACCUUAGAGAUGAAGCUGAAGGACUGGGGCUGUGGCUGGGAUAAACCCUCUGGAAAUGGUGACGUGCCCCUUCCCAAGGGGACCUCCUGUUCGGUCAUGGAGCUUGUCCAUCCUUGCUCUUCCGCAGCUGCCUUCCUCGCACGCAUCCUCCCUCUGUGCUGGAGCGCUGACGGCUGUCCCCCGCUCUGUACAGAGCGAUGCCGCGGUGUCCCUGCCUGGGAAGAACUUGGGAGUGUCGCUCACUUGUACCCCAGGACAAAACUGACUUUUGCUGCCAGACUGCUGGCUAACCUGGCCUUUAAUUGCCCUUGAGACAGUUCUCAGGCCGCCUGUCCCACAGAGAAGUGUGUUUAAAUACCAUGCUCCUCCUGGGAGGGUGCAUCACCAGCCAUGUGCGAUGUCAGGGAUCAAUCAUGAAUUGGAACAGCAUCGCUCUUGAACCCGCCUCUCUGAGAUGUUACCUGCUAGUCGGCUCUCUGCCCGUUUUAGCUGGAGUUUUCGCUCCCGUGGGCGUCCCCGCCAUCCCCUCUCCCCCAGGCCGCACGGUGGGGGUCACCCAUUCCCUGCAAAUGGCGCCCACAAGGCCUCAGGACUACAUCUCCCGUCAUGCCCCGCUCCGUGCGUCGGGUCACGUGGGCGGCGCGCCGACGCUACGGCGGGGCGGGAGCCGUCUCCCGGGCGACGCGCUGCCCGAGGCGCGGCGGCGGGGCGAUGCCGCAGGGCGACGGGGCGCCCCCGGCCAAGCGGCUGAAGGCCGCGCUCCCCGCCAUGCUGCCCGCCUCCCCCCCGCCGCGCCGGCACCCGCCGGCCGCCGACUCGCAGCGCCGCGGCCUACCCAUCUUCCAGGCGCGGGGGCCGCUGCUGAGCCAGCUCCGCGGCCUGGACAGCGCCGUCCUCAUCGGAGAAACUGGCUCAGGGAAGACCACUCAGCUUCCUCAGUACCUCUACGAAGCAGGAAUUGGCCGCCAAGGCAUCAUUGCUGUGACCCAGCCUCGCAGAGUAGCUGCUAUAUCCUUAGCUACCAGAGUCUCGGAUGAGAAGAAGACAGAGCUGGGGAAACUGGUUGGCUAUACUGUACGCUUUGACGAUCUUACAUCUGAUGAAACUAGAAUCAAGUUUUUAACAGAUGGGAUGCUGCUUCGCGAAGCUAUUGGGGACCCUAUGCUGCGGAAGUACAGCAUUGUCAUCCUGGAUGAAGCCCACGAGAGGACGAUCCAUACUGAUGUCCUCUUUGGAGUGGUGAAAGCUGCACAAAAGAAACGAAAGGAAUUGGGCAAAUUGCCACUAAAAGUGAUCAUCAUGUCAGCUACGAUGGAUGUUGACCAGUUCUCCCAGUACUUCAAUGGAGCUCCUGUUCUCUAUUUAGAAGGCCGGCAACAUCCCAUUCAGAUCUUUUACACCAAACAGCCUCAGAGUGAUUACCUCCAAGCAGCACUGGUGUCAGUCUUCCAAAUCCACCAGGAAGCACCCUCUUCUCAGGACAUCCUGGUGUUUCUGACUGGUCAGGAAGAAAUUGAAGCAAUGACCAAAACCUGUCGAGACAUUGCCAAGCAUCUCCCUGAUGGCUGCCCACAGAUGGUGGUGAUGCCUCUUUAUGCUUCUCUGCCCUACUCUCAACAACUCCGUGUCUUUCAGGCUGCCCCCAAGGGCUGUCGCAAAGUGAUCCUCUCCACCAACAUCGCAGAAACCUCCAUCACCAUUGCGGGAAUAAAAUACGUUGUGGACACAGGCAUGGUCAAAGCAAAGAAGUACAGCCCUGAAAUUGGUCUGGAAGUGUUGGCAGUGCAGCGGGUGUCGAAGGCCCAGGCUUGGCAACGAACAGGGAGAGCAGGGCGAGAGGACAGUGGGAUCUGUUACCGGCUCUACACAGAGGAUGAGUUUGAGAAGUUUGACAAAAUGACAAUACCCGAGAUACAGAGGUGUAACCUGGCCAGCGUGAUGCUUCAGCUCCUGGCCCUGAGAGUCCCCAAUGUGCUCACCUUUGACUUCAUGUCCAAACCGUCUCCUGAUGCUAUUCAAGCAGCGAUUGAGCAGCUGGAGCUGCUGGGAGCUGUGGAACGAAAGGAAGAUCAGCUUGUCCUAACCCCCCUGGGAAGGAAGAUGUCAGCCUUUCCACUGGAACCAAAGUUCUCUAAAACCAUCCUCCUGUCCCCCAAGUUCCACUGUACGGAAGAGAUCCUGACCAUCGUGUCGCUGUUAUCAGUGGACAGUGUCCUCUACAAUCCCCCCGCGCGGCGGGAUGAAGUGCAAUCCAUCCGGAAGAAAUUCAUCUCCAGUGAGGGGGAUCAUCUUACCCUGCUCAACGUGUACAGGGCCUUCAGAAAUGUCAGUGGCAACAAGGAAUGGUGCAAAGAGAACUUUGUCAACGGCAGGAACAUGAUGCUUGUGUCAGACGUCAGAGCUCAGCUCAGGGACAUUUGUGUAAAGCUAUCGAUGCCCAUCGAGUCCUCCCGCUCAGACACUGGAAACAUCCGCCGCUGCCUGGCUCACAGCCUCUUCAUGAACGCGGCGGAGCUGCAGCCGGACGGCACCUACAGCACCGUGGACACUCACCAGACGGUGGCCAUCCACCCCUCCUCUGUGCUCUUCCACUGCAAGCCGGCCUGCGUGGUGUACAACGGGCUGCUUCACACCAACAAGUGCUACAUGCGGGACCUGUGCGUGGUGGAUGCGGACUGGCUGUAUGAUGCAGCGCCUGACUAUUUCCGCAGGAAGCUCCGAACAGCCAAGAACUGACCUCUCGGUCUGGGACCGGCAGGUCCAGGGUUUUUAGGCUCACCCUAUAAGACUAAUUGUUUUGGUUUGUAAUGAAUGUAUGGGAGCAGUAGAGCUUUGCCGUGCAAAUCAGGUAAAAACCUUAGGGGAAAAUGGCUUCUCCAUGAGAGCCAGACUUCACGAGUCUCCGUGGCUUAGAACAAUCAUCCCUUUUUUAACAGUUAAUCUGUAAAAGAGGAACGUAGUACGUACUCUGUGCGCGUGUGUAUGUGUGUGUGAUAAAUCUAUACUGGGGGGGAAAAGGGGAGCUGGUAUCAGAUUCCAGUUUUUAACACUGAAGUUUAACAGGCUUGUAUAUGAGGAAACUAAAUCCUAAGAGCUCUUUGAGCAGUGCUUGUAUCCUUAGCAGGUUUUAUUGGGGGAAAAAAAGGAGAAAAAAGUUUUAAAUGUCCUCAUACAGAUGAAAAAAAUGCCUUUUUUUACUAUUUCUAGAAGGGAGGUGCUACUGUCUUUUACCUCAUCAAACAUCUUUCUUCCCGCAUGUAAUGUUCACCGUCUUAUUUGGGAACCGUGCGAAGGCCAGUAAUGGGAACGUCUGCUUGGACAAGGUCUUCACUGCCUGUGUCUGAGCCUCAGGGGCUGGCAGUGGUUUCUUGGAGAGGCUGUCCAGCUGCCUGCGUGUUUGGCGUCAUCUUUGUUCACCCUUCUGCUGUUAGGGCAUGUUGUUCCUCAGCAGAUACUUCUGGCUUUCGGGCCAACUUCAGGAAGACUCAGCAAAAUGAGAAUGAAGAUGUGGUUUAGAGAUUGGGCUUCCUUUAAAGGACCUUGAUUCUUCAAAUGUUUGUCUUCUGCACUGACACUAGCGCUUCUUCCCCCUUCUGCCUCCCCCAACCCUGUCCCGGUUAUACGUUGGUUUUCCAUUAGAAGUUUGGAGCUUGACAUUGUCAAGAGCCACAGAUCUACCAUUAGUUAUCUAUUAUUUGUUUUUUCUUCCAUAUUCCCGUGGCAUCUGCCUAUCUCUUUUUUUCCUUUUGGAGAAAGUGGCAAUAGCAAACUUAAUAGUCUUCUUAAAUACUGGAAUUAAGAAACUAGUGCCACUCCAAAGGGAAAACUUGUUCUUGAAUGUGAAGGAAGGUGGAUUUAUUCCAUUAUCACUGUGUGUUGAUGGGGGAAAACAAUGUGAGUUGUUUUUAAGUGAUAUCCUAAGUAGUUCUAAAAUAACCUCUCUGGGAGAGGUAACUUCCAGUUUCAACAGAGUCUGUUGACAUAAUCUAGUAAUUUAUACAUAUUUUUGGAUGAGUUGAAGCAGGUUAGGUGUCUGAACGGGCGGGGGAGGAAGCUGUUCUGCACAGGCAGUGUCGUUGUGUAACAUGGCGGGGUUAGUUUACAGGGGCUGUGAAGGGAUUUUGGUGUUUAGUCCUUGUAUCCUUCAAAUAGCAACUUUAAAAAAAAAGCGUAUGACACAUGAAUGGGGCUGCUCAGGGAUGCACUCAUAUUGGCCAUUGGCAAGCCCUUACUCACUCCCUUUGCUCGGGGAGAGCUGCUGGCUUUGCUUGUGAUCCGUGGGGACAAGCUGCAUUUGCCAUGUCAUAAUUUGUCCUUUCUGGUUACACGCAUCACAGUUAGAGAGCACAUUGUCAUACGCCUUUUCUUUGGGCUCCAGUGUUGGCUUACCUUGGUUUUCUCUUUGAAAACAGGGGCAAACCUCUCUUUUGUUCUUUUUUCUUAUUUUUAACUGGAAUGUCGCUUGUGCUGAUCUGCAAAUCGCUGUCUCCCAAAGAGUGUGAGUAGGUACCUGGCAUACCCGGAAGGGUCUCGUCUCUCAGCCUGUUCCUAGGAAGGGAGAUACUGAACGUCUGCAGGGGUGCAGUGGAAAUGGACACACAUCCCUUUGUCGUGCCUCUUUGCAAUAUUGUUCUUUGGUGGUUUGAGAAAACAAGGAAAAGGAAAAAAAAAAAAAGGUGAGUAGGGCACAGGCGAAACUUGCCACUUUUGUAUGUAUGCCCAGCUGCAGUUCUGGAUUGGUAUUUCAGGAGUGUGCAGCUAUUUCAAUUGUUCUCACUCACACGAAUUGCAGGGAUUUAUCAAAGCACUGUAUCUUGGUUUUACAGACGCUGCAUCUGUAGGGGGAAAAUGGAAUAUAAGCACAUUUUGUUUGGGCAGUCUAAUUUCACAGUCUGGUUAAGGGAAGGGAUGGGUGUUUAUUUAGAACUAAUUUGUAUCUUUUUCCCAAAAUAAAGAAGUGA